CCAGCAAGCUUUUAGCCCAUGGAUGAUAAGAAAGAGAAUGAGAAGGAGAAGCACGAGGGGAUCAACCACGAGGAGGAAGAAGAGGACGAAGAAGGUAACAAGCGUGCUGUCGUGCUUGGACCGCAGGUCCCCCUCAAGGAACAGCUCGAGCUCGACAAGGAUGAUGAGAGCCUCAGGAGGUGGAAGGAGCAACUUCUUGGGCAAGUCGAUACCGAGCAGCUUGGAGAAACUGCGGAGCCAGAGGUUAAGGUGUUGGACCUAACCAUCUUAUCGCCAGGCCGACCAGAUCUAGUGUUGCCCAUCCCAUUCCAGGCAGACGAGAAGGGCUAUGCAUUCGCACUCAAGGAUGGCAGCCCCUACAGCUUUCGUUUCUCCUUCAUCGUCUCCAACAACAUUGUGUCUGGCCUCAAGUACACAAACACUGUUUGGAAGACAGGAGUAAGAGUGGAGAACCAGAAGAUGAUGCUCGGAACGUUCAGUCCCCAGCAAGAGCCCUACAUCUACGAGGGUGAAGAAGAGACUACUCCAGCAGGCAUAUUUGCAAGAGGUUCCUAUUCUGCUAAAUUAAAGUUUUUUGAUGAUGAUGGCAAGUGCUACUUGGAGAUGAGUUACUAUUUUGAAAUUAGGAAGGAGUGGCCAGCAACCCAAUGAUGUGAGCAGGGCUGGUUUGUUUAAACAUAUUAGAGCUCAUAGCUAACCCAAGCAGAAGAUGUGCUAUUGCAUAGAAUGAUUGUUUCACUCU